AUGUUUUAUUCCAAAGAAAUCUUGACACUCAGUAACGAUGAUGUUAAUCUUCAUAGGUUAGCUGCCACGUUAGGAUCAAGUUCAAAAUUCAGAAAGCUCUCGAAGAAAGAAGUGAAUUCGGUGGAUUUAGUAAAGGCUUGUAAAUUUGUUUCUUCUCCGCCGGAACCACUAGCACUUCGUCUAACUUCAAACUUAAUGGUUGGAAUAACAAGAGUGUAUAAUCAGCAAUAUCAUUUUUAUUACACCGAUGUUGGCGUUGUUUACAGUCGUUUGCACAGAGCCUUUAAAGAACUACAGAAUGAAUCGGUAGAUAUGCCUGUACCACAAGCAAGACUCGAGUCAAUUACAUUGGAAGAUGAUCCAUACUUUGAGAUUGAAAUGUCCAUUCUUACGGGUAGUCAGGAAAAUGUGAUGGUUCCAGAUAUUGAAUGGGCUCUAGACUGGGCACAGCCUUUAUCACCCACAGGCCAAGUUCCAAUGGAUGAAAGUACAAGAGCAUCAAAUGCCACAUCUCGAAGAUCCUUAAUUACAAUUCCAGAUAUCGCCGAUCAAAGUUUUUCAGCGUCAACUACUGGAUUUAGUGGAGGAUUAAUGGAAGAUGAUUUAUUGAUGGUUGAUGACUCGGGGAUCAGAAUAGACUUCGAUGAAGAAGGCGGCCUAUUCGAAUUUAUGGAAGGACAAGGCACAGAUGCAGGUGAAACUCCUCAACCACGUAACCGAGAUGCCGCAAACCGUGAUACAGACGAGAUUGUAAGAAGGGUUCGGGAGGAACACGAAAAUGCUGGUCGCGCUGCAGAGGAACGAGAAAAGAGGAAGAGACAGAGGAGAGAAGCUUUAAAAGAGAUAGAACGCGAGAUGGAAUUGGAAUUUCAACAAGACGUUGAAAUGAAUUUUGAAGAAGAACAAAAUGAUCAUGUUGUACCAAUGCAACCAACUUCUGAGGAGCUCAUCUUAGAAAUGCGAGAACGUGUAAAAGAUGACCUUAUCGAAGGGGAGAGAAUCAAUAGGGAAAAGUCGCUUAUGCAUGAAUAUAAAAACAGAUGGCAACAAAUCCUCUAUACGCCCGUUUUACCAAUUUGUGCUCCACAAAUCGCCUCACUCUGGAAUAAUCAUUGCGCUCCAAUGCUUCAAGACGACGCCUUCAGAAAAAGAAGACUUUCUCCAACGCUUGAAUUAAGACAAAAUGAUGACAUAGCAGAGCUAGACGAUUUAUAUAUUGAUGAUAUUGGUAUCGAAAGUUCAAGGCAACCUAAUCAAACACGCAAAAAAGAUAAUAGCUUGCAAGACGUUGAGCUUGAACGCUUAAGAAGAGGUGGUAGCCAAAGCAGUUCGGUCAUUAUUCCGCAAGGCUUGCAAAACGUUGAAACCGAAGCUGCCGAUGUGACCAUGGACUUUGAUAUCGAUUCUUCUGUGGGAACUGCAAGUCGUGACAUUUUAGAUAUUAAUUUGUUGAGCGCACUUGGAAGCGCUGACCGACAACGAAGACAAAGUUCUAUUGGAAUAAAUCGUCAAUCUAUUGGUUUAUCGGAUCUAUUUGAUGAAAAUAGUGUCGGAAUUCCCGAUUUUCCAAUAUUCGAAGAGUUAGGUGAAUUGGAAAGUCUAUCGAUAGAUAAGGAAAAUCGUCGCGAGGCGGGUUCGGCUCAAAACAGUGAACAAGAACAGAUGAAUUUCUUGGAAUCCAUGAAAAAUUUGAUGCUCGAAGCUCAAAUUUCAAGAGUUGUAUUUCAAGAUAUCAUAGAAAUGCAACAUCUUUCUCGGUCUGAAGUUGCAAAAGCAUUUUAUAACGUUCUAGGACUAGCAACAAAGAAUCUGAUUAAGACCAGGCAACUUCAACCUUACGAAAAUAUUUUAAUUGAAAUCGAAUGA